AUGUAUUCGACGUCUUUUGCUUUCUUUGAGGCGAUAUGGGAUGCAGGGGUCACCCAUUGUUUUGUCAAUCUGGGAUCAGAUCAUCCAGGUAUGAUUGAGGCCAUGGUCCAGGGCCAGCGAGAAGCCAAGGGAAAAUUUCCGCGUAUCAUUACCUGCCCUAGUGAGAUGGUGGCGAUGUCCAUGGCAGAUGGCUAUGCUCGUUUAACUGGCAAGCCACAGUGUGUUAUUGUUCACGUCGACGUCGGCACGCAAGCUCUUGGUGUUGCCGUUCACAACGCCUCAAGUGGCCAUGCCCCCGUCCUCAUCUUUGCCGGCAUGUCCCCUUUCACUCAGGAGGGUGAGAUGCGCGGCUCGCGUACUGAGUUCAUUCACUGGUUGCAAGAUGUACCAGAUCAGAAGGCUAUCCUUGGGCAAUAUUGCCGAUAUACGGCUGAGAUUAAAACCGGUGUCAACAUCAAGCAGAUGGUUAAUCGAGCCUUGCAAUUUUCCAGAACCGCUCCACAGGGCCCAGUAUAUCUCUGUGCUGCGAGAGAAGUCAUGGAAGCAGAGAUCAAGCCAUAUUCCAUCAACCAGAAACACUGGGAUCCGGUUGAGCUAGGCGGGCUUUCCUCAAGGGCGGCGAGUAACAUUGCCGAAUCAUUGGCCAGUGCUAGGAAGCCAUUGAUAGUGACCGGCUACUCUGGUCGCAAUCACAGCAUCCCCGACUCAUUAGUCGAGUUAGCUGAUACUGUCAAGGCGUUGCGUGUGCUUGACACAGCGGGUAGUGACAUGUGCUUCCCUGGUAACCAUCCGGCCUGGCUUGGAGUCAGACAAGGCGCCGAUGAAUCCAUUCCGGAAGCCGACGUUAUCCUAGUUUUGGACUGCGAUGUUCCGUGGAUCCAAACACGCUGCAAACCCAACCCAAACGCCAGGAUUUUUCACAUAGAUGCCGACCCCCUGAAGCAGCGGAUGCCUCUAUUCUAUAUUGAAUCUGAAGCUCGAUAUUUAGCAGAUAGUCUAACAUCUGUUGGGCAAAUCCUUGAUAACCUUAAGAUAGGCGAAUCAGCCAAGAUACUGGCAGCGAAGGACCGAGCCUUGGCGGAAGAGAUCCGUCAUCAGUCUUACUCUUCCAAGAUUCAACGUAUUGAUGACGCGGCCCAGCCGUUUGCUAAUGGCAGCUUUGGCACAGCCUAUCUGAGUAAAGUGCUGCGUACCGUCUGUCCAGAGGAUACUAUAUGGGCUGUCGAGGCAGUGACAAAUACAGGCUUUAUUCAUGAUAAUGUCAGACCAACGCGACCAGGCUCCUGGAUCAAUUGUGGUGGAGGUGGUCUUGGUUGGUCUGGCGGUGGCGCUCUGGGUAUCAAGCUGGCUACUGAUGCCGAAGGAAAGGGCCAAUUCGUUUGCCAAGUUGUGGGUGAUGGAACCUAUCUCUUUUCCAUACCUGGAAGCGUCUAUUGGAUCUCUAAACGUUACAACAUCCCCAUCUUGACAAUAGUCUUAAACAAUAAUGGAUGGAACGCGCCGAGAAAAUCCUACAUGUUGAUUCAUCCUGACGGUGUGGCUGCUCAGGCAACCAACGAGGAAAUGAACAUCUCAUUCAGCCCAUCGCCGGAUUAUGCUGGCAUAGCAGCGGCAGCUGGAGCAGGUGAUAUUCAUGCGCUAAAGGUGACAAAGGCUGGUGAACUCGAAGGCAUUCUUAGAGAUGCAGUAGCCAAAGUCAAGGCUGGAAAGACGGCUGUUGUAGAUUGCAAAGUAGUACCCGACUGUUAA